AGCUGACGACUUUCCUCGCUUACACACAUCUGUGACUCGAAGGCGAAUCACCGGAGGAUUUCCGCGAGUGUAUUCAUUAACCACGUCAAUAGUGAAUUUCUCUCAUACAAGUGAUCAUGUCUUGCACAGGAUGCUCGUGCCGUCAACGUGCUGGGGAAACUCCCCUCGCGAUAUGGGCACCCCCAAGCAGCGAGAUCGCACCCUCAUUGUCUCUGGUGAGCUGGUUCGAUGAUCAACUUUCCCGAAUGCAAGGGGAUCUGAUCCAGAACAGUUUCUUCGGCAUUCCCGAGGUCGGCCGCAUCGAUUUCGACCCUCGAAGAAGAUCACGACUCUUCGAUGCUCUUUUUUCGAACGACGCGAUAGAGACCGAGAUGAAAUUCCACGAGAAUCCGAAAACAAAUCAAGUGGAAUGCCAGCUGAGCACCGGCUGUGGAGAUUUCUUCAGACCAGAGGACAUCGAAGUUAAUGUCAAGGAUCGCAAUGUCGAAUUCAAAGCUCGCCGGGAACAGAAAUCGGAGGACGGUCACAACUACACUGUGCGAGAAGUCCGACGCGUUUUCCGAGUUCCUGGGAAUGCAGCGGUCGACAAACUUCACGCCGAGAUGGGUCCCAGCGGGAAAGUGAUGCUUUCCGCCCCGUUGUUGGAGCCGAAGCCCAUCGAGAGUAAAGUAGAUGGGCCAGUGCCGAUCAAAAUCAACAGGCAGUGAAUCCGUGCUACGAAUGUAGGGAAUCCCAUUUGACACCCGACAAGCGACGAAUAUUUUCUUGCUCGUCGGCAUGUUUCGCGCGUCUGACUAGAGUAUCACACGUCAUCGAUCACUCCGUAUGGAAGUGAAUGCAGAUCACCCUAGUUUCGCGAU